AUGACGACGGGGAAUGAAAAUAGAAUCAGCAACUUGCCUACUGAUCUUCUCAUAUCUAUAAUCUCUCGACUCACCGUCCUAGAAGCUACUACUACUUCCAUACUUUCAACUCACUGGCGGUAUCUCCAUCGCUACAUCACUCAUCUCAAUUUCCCAAUAUAUUUACCUAGGGUUGAUAUGAACGAUCCCUACAUAUUUGUUGUCACACGGGUCUUGCAUUUACACAGAGGCGGUCGGAUAAAAGAGUUCAGGUUGUGCAUGUCUAGAUGUUUCAAGUAUGGUAUGGAUAAAUGGUUUGAGUUUGCCCUAUCUAAGAAAGCUGAAAUAAUUCAUUUACGUGGUCACCCGUAUAUUGAUUACCCGUAUAUUGAUUACAAGGCUCUGUUUCUUAGACUUCGAAAUACGAAUAAUGGAUUUGAAUGCCUUAAAGAUUUGUGUCUACUUGGCCCUGGAAUGACCGAUCAAGACUUGAAGCUUUUGUUAUCCAAUUGCAUUGCUCUUGAAUCCUUAAAACUUGAGUAUCCUUUCGAGUUGGAAAAUGUCUCAAUUGUUGGUCACACUAAACUGAAGCAUUUGAACCUGUCUUACUUGAAAGCUUGCUCCAUUGUGAUUCCCAAUGCUAUUAGCCUCGUUUCUUUGACGCUGCGUAUCUUGAACGAUAGAUGCUCCAUGCAACUUACUUGUAUGCGUGACCAACUCCAAAUAAUGCACAUCACCGCUAGAGUUGAAUCUAACUGUGAGAUGUAUCACAUGUAUCAGAAGUCAAGGGUUGAUCUUGUAAAUGUAAAACAUCUAGAGUUGACCUUUAUUGCAGUGAAGUUUAGUCUCGGCCCGUAUUUUUUGAGCAAUUUCUUUCGUUUGGUUCGUUUGGUUGAAGCAUGUAGUUCAUUGGACAAACUUGUGAUAAAGCUUCCGAUUUUACCGCCCUCACAUGAUGAAUGCACGUUGGAAACAUAUGUUGGACCAAGAUGUGAGUUGUCUCCAAAGUAUUUGGAAAUCUCACGAUAUUCUGGUGCUCCAUCACAAUUGGCUUUAACUUUGUACCUAAUUGAUAAUGCUAGUAGAUCUCUUCAAAAAGUGUCCGUGGUGGCUCAAGAUGAAGAGGCAUUAGCUCGUGCACGCCAUGAUUUUCAACAUAUCGCGUCUGUUAGUUUUUCAGUUAUGUAACUGUUGUAGUCUUUUAUCUAGUACUACUUCUUGAUAACUUAAUUUAUUUCAAAAUGCAAGAAC